UCUUAGAAUCCAAAUCUAGCUCCCCUAGGAAGCAUCUGGCAAGGUUUCGAGAGCUGUCAGGUUGGCCCUGUUAUGCUGGAAUAUUCAUAAGCACCUGAGGGUUAUCAUCCCCAUGUGGUAGAAAAUGAAACUGACGCUCAGAGAGCUAUGCACACUCCCUACCCGUUUUUCCACCUCAUUUCUCCCCAGUAUGUGGAAUUGAGGGAGCUUCAUGCUUCUAGCUGUGAUGAUUCCAAAAUUCUAUGACCUGUGGGAGAGGAUCCUAAGGUUCAGGGAACCGCGGAGAUUUCGAGGUUCUAGAAACUGGAGAUUCUAAGCCUGGGUGCUCCAAUAAACCCAGUGAGAUCGAGCCCGGGUUUCUGGUCUGUACCCGCUGGUACAAGCCCAGAGACAAGCAGGCGCCACCCAUGAGCCCUUCUGAGGGUCCCCUCCCGCGUCCCACCUCGCAGGCCAGCUGGAGGGCGCGAUCCUGGCGCCCCGCGACGGCCGGGGGCCCCAAUCCAGAGGCCUGGCUGAGCAGAGACCAAGGGCGUGGUCGGGGAGCGCCUUUUGCUGGAGGGCAACGGACCCGGGCUGGGAGUGGAGUCGAGAGACCGGAGUGGGGGGUAGGCGGGGAGUCCAGGUUACGCCCCGCCGUCGACUUCCUCCUGGUAGGCUGCCGCAGCGGCGCGAGCGGCGGCAGCGGCGGGGAAUCCGGGAGCCAUGGGACGCGCGCGCGACGCCAUCCUGGAUGCGCUGGAGAACCUGACCGCCGACGAGCUCAAGAAGUUCAAGAUGAAGCUGCUGUCGGUGCCGCUGCGCGAGGGCUACGGGCGCAUCCCGCGGGGCGCGCUGCUCCCCAUGGACGCCAUGGACCUCACCGACAAGCUAGUCAGCUUCUACCUGGAGGCCUACGGCGCCGAGCUCGCCGCGACCGUGCUGCGGGACAUGGGCCUGCAGGACACGGCCAGGCAGCUGCAGGAGGCCACGCAGCAGGGCUCUGGAGCCGCGCCAGCUGGGAUCCGGGCCCCUCCUCAGCCGGCAGCCAAGCCAGGCCAGCACUUUAUAGACCUGCACCGGGCUGCGCUUAUCUCGAGGGUCACAGAGGUUGAGGGGCUGCUGGAUGCCCUGUACGGGAAGGUCCUGACGGAGGAGCAGUACCAGGCAGUGCGAGUCGAGCCCACCAACCCAGCCAAGAUGCGGAAGCUCUUCAGCUUCGCGCCAGCCUGGAACUGGAACUGCAAGGACUUGUUCCUCCAGGCCCUGAGGGAGACCCAGUCCUACCUGGUGGAGGACCUGGAGCAGAAGAGCUGAGGCUCUUCCCCGGCAACACCCCAGCCACUGCAAUCCCAGCGAACUCAUUCUGGGUCUGAUGUUUUUAUACACAAUACAUGAAAAGCCAACUU